AAGAUGGCCUUAAAAGUUUCUUCUCUAAACCAAAUUGUCUCCCUGUGAAAGUUCUCCUCGCUUUUGAAAUUUCUAAACACGCAUUUACCACGGUGCAUAGGACCUACACAAAUUACACAAAUAAUCACAAGGCAACAAGAUUUCAAAGCAAAGGCUCAACUUUACACAUGCAGGUGCAGCUGCUUUACAAUUCGUUUCUUUAAUAAUGGCAAUAAAGCAAUCUAAAAGAAGCCUUGAAAAUAAAACAAUGGCGUUCUCCAUAAAGCAAACCCACUAAAGCUUCCAUACCUUACCUCACCAUUCAACUUAACCCCUUCUUUCUCACUAAGUUUAGCAUCAUCCCCUCCUCCUUCACCACCAAGAAAAACAUAUUACUUCCAUUGCCACCCCCUACAUAAUAUAUUGCACAUCUCUCCGUUUUCCAAUUUGUAUUGGAAGACAAGUUCUCAAACAUAUUCAUAAAUUUCGCUUCGCUAAAGCACUACCGGAGUUGAACUAGAGAGGGGAAAACGGUAAAGAAAGCGAGGAAAAUGAGUGCGGACUGGGGACCGGUGAUCGUUUCAGUAGUUUUAUUCAUACUCUUGUCACCAGGGUUGCUGUUUCAGCUGCCAUCCAGGACAAGGGUGAUAGAGUUUGGUAAUAUGUGCACAAGUGGUAUAGCUAUCCUGGUUCAUGCAGUAAUUUACUUCUGCAUAAUCACUAUCUUGAUCGUUGCCAUCGGAGUUCACAUACAUAUCAACUGAUC